GCGCCCAGUCUCCACACUGUUCUCCAUUCACAUCUUAUUACUACGGUGUAUAUUACAGUGUAGUUCGUAAUUCAAACGACGAGUUCCACGGGUCUUCAGGAAAUAAGCAGCGGAUUCUCUCAACAUGACAUCCCGUGUUGGCCACAGAACAGGCAGUACUAAUAAUGGAAGUGACAUUAAACCCAGAGAGAGGGUGGUCCCCCACUACAAGAUGAGUGCUUCUCUGAAGUCUGAGGUGCAGAAGCUCAACUUGGUCCACCUUCUGAUCUGGCUGCUUGUAGCUGCACAAGUGACUGUCAGCCACUUCAAUCUGGUGUCACAUGACACAGUGUCUGUACCAUACCAGUGGGAGUACCCCUACCUGCUCAGCUUGAUCCCUCUGCUCUGCAGCAGCCUGUCACUCCCACACAACAACAUCAGUUACUUGGUCUUAUCCAUGUUAAGUGCUGGGCUCUUCUCUGUGACACCUCUUAUUUAUGGGUAUGGAGAUGUUUCCUGUGGCACAGCAGCUUUACCGCCACGGAAAAGCCUACCGCUUCAUUUUUGGUUUCUCUGCCGUGACCGUCAUGUACCUCGUCAUGGUGGUUGCUAUUCAAGUGCAUGCAUGGCAGUUAUAUUACAUGAAAAAACUGCUAGACUCGUGGUUCAACGCAACUCAGGAAAAGAAGAAGAAGUAGCUCAGUAAAAAAUUUGAUUGGAAUUUUUCCCCCCUAUAUUCUUAGAUGAGUUACAAUAUAAAGACUAUACACUGGAAACUAAAAAGGACACAAAUGCUGCUGAGUCUGCUGCAAUUUUAUGUUUGACCAUUUUAAAUAUGAAAGAUGAAAUAUUCUCAUCAAGAACACAAAAUAGGAAACCAAAUGAUGAUUUGAUUUGAUAAGAAUUUUUUUUUAGGAUAACAUGAUUACUUUUUUUUUAAACAUG